GGGCAUUAUUGAGCUGAGCUGCUACUGAGCCGAAGCGCCACGAUACCUGUGUUUAGCCAGGACAAAUCAAACCUCAUCAUGGCACACCAGACUCCUGCCUCGCUCGUCGACCAAUUGACUGCCUCUGGCGGCUCUGAACCAGCAGGCUUCCUCAAUGACAUCAUCAAGAACCUCUGGCCCAACAUUUGUGUGGCUGGCUCAAACAUCAUCAAGGACACGGUCGAGCCCAUACUGGCUUCGACGCUGCCCGGCCCGCUGUCCAAGCUGCGCUUCGUCAAGAUUGAGUUCGGCAAGGUCCCAAUUAGUUUUUCCAAUGUCGACGUACACAAGACUUCGGCCGGGGGCAUCAAGCUCGAUAUGGAUAUGAACUGGGAGGGCUUGUGCGACUUUGAGCUCGAUGGCGGCAUGGUCCCGAAAGUGGGUGUGGAGAGGGUUCAUAUGAAGGGGCGUAUCAGCGUCUUGCUGUGUCCAUUGACGAAUGUUAUUCCUCUGAUUGGAGCCGUCCAGGUUGCUUUCCUCAACACACCAAGCCUGUCGCUCGACUUUACGGAUGCGGCAAAUAUUGCAGACUUCUCUGUCAUCAACAACACUAUCCGCAAGACCAUCCUCGGCGUCAUUGAGUCGAUGGCUGUACUUCCCAACCGCUUCCUUGUUAAGCUGGACCCCAACACCGACUACUUCAAGGCCUACCAGCCGCACAACGGCGUGAUCCGUGUCACCGUCGUCAAGGCUUCUGGAAUCGAUGCACCCAAGAAGGGUGAAAGGAAGAGCGGCCUGAAGAAGCUAAUGGCCAAGGUCAAGCUUGAAGACGUACCAGACUGCUACGUCAAGGUCAAGGUUGGCGCUGAAGAGGAGUGGAAGACUUCGACCGUAGACAACAACCGCGAGCCGGAGUGGAACGAAAGUCACGACUUUUUAGUUACGGACUUUGAGCAGGACAUCUCUGUAGAUAUCCAGGAUGAGGACAUGGCGGGUGACGACGACAUGGGAAUUGCUUCGACUACUGUCAAGCAAAUUCUUCUCAAUGGCGGCACACAGGAGCUGCGCCUUUCCCAAAAGGGCCAGGAGGCUGCAGGGACGCUCCUGAUCCACGCAAAGUACUUCCAUCUCGUCAGCGAUGCUCAAGUGCUAUCCGCCCCCAGCGCUCAAGGCCAAGGCCAAGUCUGCGGCCUUGCUACAAUCCUCAUCGCUGGUGUUCACGAGCUCCAGGGCCAGCGUGAUGAUCUCAACCCCAGCGUCAAGGUUACCUGGGGCGACAAGACGUUCCAGACGGCAGCAAAGACGUACUCACCUGGAACCGACAUCUUCAACCCUUCGUUUGACCAGGCGUUCCGCAUCCCCAUGACGGCGGACAUGCUGGCGAACCCGGGCGCCUUCAAGCUGUCACUGCUAAACAAGAAUGUAGAGUUUGGCAGUGCGCAGGUGGAUUUCAGAGACGUGGUGAGUGCACAGGGCAUGGUGCUGCAGGAUCGAUUCAACGUUGGCAACGGAGCGCAGAUCCGGGCGUCGAUUAGCCUGCAGGGUGUCAAGGCAGCCGAGUAAAGAGAGUGCAAGUUUUGACGAGCAAGGUGGGAAAAAGGAAAUGGAUUAUGCACAUGGAGCGUGUUGUGCAGAUGACGCAAUAGAAUGCCUGCACAUGAUGGGGAAAAUGUGGACCAGUGGCGGUAUGAAU